CACCCAUGUCCGGCUCUGAACGAAAAAAGUUCAGGGAAGCGGAGCCCUGAAAGCCACGAUCGAGGACUUCUAAAUAAUUCGAGUCGCGUUUUUGCUGGGAGGAGGCGAUCUCUUCAUUUCAAAAGAGCAUGUUCUUGGACCUCAACGUCCCUUACCCUAGCCAUGGAGGCGACCUCGCAGAGCUGAAGAAAACCGUCAGCCUGUUGCGCGAGCUGGGAUACCAGGGGGUAGCUUACAAUUUUAUGGCCUCUGGAAAAGAAGCAGCCAACAAGACCAACCCAAUAAAGAUUCUCGAUCUCUCGGAACUUGGUGGACACGGCGGGGUGAAGAAUUCAGCAUCAGACUUGCCUUCCGUUUUAUCCGCUAGUCGAACUACUGCAAAGGAAUUUCAGCAGUUGUCUCGGUUAACUGUUAUUUUGGAGGACAUCAGCGCAAAUUACCAACUGACUGUUAAUAAUCCCAAUGUCGCCUCAUACGAUCUGAUUGCUGUACAGCCCACGAACGAAAAACUAUUUCUUGCUGCAUGUAGUUCGUUGGAAAUUGAUAUUAUAAGCCUUGAUAUGGGCAGUCGACUCCCAUUCUACAUAAAACAACCGAUGGUUAACCUGGCACUACAACGUGGACUGUUUUUCGAAAUAUCAUAUGGCGGCGCCAUUCGGGAUGCCAGCGCGCGACGACACUUGAUUCGGAACGCAGCAUCUCUUAUCCGCGCAACAAAGGGGAAGAACGUGAUAAUAACGAGCGAAGCACAGAAAGAUUUGGAAUUGCGCGGGCCGUAUGAUGUGAUAAAUCUCGCAUCUAUCUUCAGCUUGAAUCAAGCGUUAGCCAAGAACAGCAUUAGCGCAAAUUGCCGUGCAGUUCUAUAUCGAUCCGCCACGAGAAGGCAAACGAAUCGCGGAGUUCUGUCCGUCGAGCCAUCAGCAAACUUGGCAGAAAGUAAUAAAUGGAAGGAGGGUAUUCUAGAUGACACAGAUGAGGGAGAAGAUGCAAUGGACGAGACCUAGGUGAAUUUGUAUAUAGCACACAAUGCCAAAUAAACAUGUCCAUUCAGCCUUUCAC